CAAACUAUCAUGUGUUUGAUUCGAGUUGGUAUUUUUCAAAGAUUAUCUAUUUAUGUUGUGGCAGUAAACAAGCCUGAACACAAGGUUCAAACUGCUAAGUGAAUUGAACAGGUGAGAAGUACAGAAGAAUUUGAUCUUAAUAUGACAGGAGUGAAAGUGGAUAUUUUGUGGUCUCCUAAUCACCCUGAUAGGUUUAUAACUUUCGGAACAGACCUAAGGCUCUAUCAGUUAGAGACUUUGAAAGAUGGAUGCAGCAAGUCAUCAGCCAUUCCACUGUCUGACAACUCAUGUGCUGCAUUACUCUCUAUUAAUUCUGACAACCAUUAUAUGAAAUGUAUAGCAUGGUACCCUAGGCAUGAACCAGACAACUUACUAGCUGUGGGACAAGCAAAUGGAAAAGUUGUGCUGACCAGCUUCAGUCAAAACUUUGAAUCAUCAGAUUUGAUUGGACAAGAGUUUGUUCCACGACAAGCUCGGCAGUGUAAUGCUGUAGCGUGGAGUCCAAUAGACUGUAAUUUGCUAGCAGCAGGCUUGGAUAAAAAUAGAUCUGACUAUGCCUUACUUAUUUGGGAUGUUGCUCAGCCUCAGCUUUCAACUUUUGAAAGUGAGGGACUUGAUCGACGACAACAUAUCGCUGGGUUUUUGACAGGGGAUCAUACAGGAAAUCAGCCAACAUCCAGACCAUUAUUUGAACUAGGUUUGUCAGAAACUGUCCAUUCUUUGCAUUGGUCUAUUCAGCAGCAGAAAAUGUUAUUUUGUGGUAUGACCAAUAAGUAUUUAAAAGUAUUUGACCUCAGAGAUUCUUCUAAGCACUCCACAUCCACACCAACUAAGGCUGUGUUUGGUGUUUGUGUUGAUCCAUUUUGUGAACAUCGACUGGCAUCUUUUGUUGAGAAUCAAGUUGUCAUAUGGGAUAUUAGGAAUUUUGAAAAACCAAUGAAUGUUGUGACUGAGUCCAGACAUGUUACAAAACUAGCAUGGUGUCCAACAAGAAAUGGAGUGCUCACAAGUGUGGUUCGAGACAGCUCAGUAGUCAAAUUGUAUGAUAUUCAACAGGCAUCUCUUGGGAAUGAUGAGGUUGAACCUGCUAUUGUAGAACGAUGUGUGCAGCCAUAUGCUCAACAUGCUAUUUCUUCAUUCUCGUGGCAUCCAACUUUUGAGAAUCGAUUGUUAACUGUCACUCCCACAGGCACAAUACGGGACUACACUGUUUUUGACAGAAUUACAUUGAAUUGGUCUCCAACAUCAGAAAUUGUUUGGACUCAUGGAAAAAAACUCCUACAGUGUAUUGACCAUCGAGAUCAACAGUACAAGUCCCUUGAUGAUAUAUCUGUGAAAAUGAGGAGGAGAGCUCUUCUGGGGUACGGACUGAAGACUCGGCAACUCUGGCAGAAUGGAGAGAUAGCACAGGAACCAGGAUUGUUGGAACUUUGGACUUGGCUAGAUCGAAUGAAAAGUCUUCGUGAAGAAGGAAAGAUAAAAGGAUUCUUUAAAGGGGAAAAUAAGUAUGAAGGAGUUCGAUCUUUGAUCUUUGGUGGUGAUAAUUCUCAAGGUGUCUGGGUUACAUCAUGCAAGAGUGAACAAAUUUUUGUUAGUUGGGUUGGAUUGGACAGUAAAGGUCAAAUUGGAUCAUCCAAAGUUCCAAUGUACCAUAGUAAUGAAAGAGACAGAGCCUUGCAAUUGUGUGAGUGGGGUUAUGACACUGAUGGCCUUUCCCUUGUACCACUUCUAGAAAAAUUAGAAAUAGAUAGACAGUAUUCACGAGCUGCAGCAAUAGCUAUUUUUACACUAAAGAUGAAACGAGCCAUCCAGAUACUAAAGAAAGGUGCCACAGCUAACCCUCCAGUUGGGAAAGAUGUAAACCUCAAUGUUGUUGCCAUGGCUUUGUCUGGCUUUACACAGGAAAAAAACACACUAUGGCGAGAAAUGUGUGAUGUGUUGCGACCUCAGUUAAAUGACCCAUACUUGCGUUCCAUGUUCGCAUUCUUGACUUCGGAUGUUGACAAUUAUGACUGUGUUUUGAAUGAGUCUGGGAUUGCUGUAAAAGAUCGAGUGUCAUUUGCAUGUCUGUAUCUUCCAGACAAUAAGUUAUUUGAGUACUUGGAUCGGCUGACAACAAAAGUAAUUGAAACUGGAGACUUAGCUGGUAUAUUAUUGACUGGAUUAAACCAAGAGGGUUUACAAUUACUUCAGCGAUAUGUGGACUUGACAGGGGAUGUUCAGACAGCUAGUUUAGUAGUGUUACAGGCCAUACCAAGUUUUAUUAGCCAAGAUCAACAGGCUCAACUUUGGGUGAAAAGCUAUCGAGAUCUCCUGGAUAGCUGGAGACUUUGGCAUCAGAGGGCUCUUUUUGAUGUUCAAUGGUGUAAAGUAAACCCCUCCACAAUGCCCCCUCAGCAAGUGUUUGUCAGUUGCAAUUUUUGUGGAAAAUCAGUUACAUCUUACUUCCAGCAGUUGGGCCAAUUCCAAGGAAUGCGUACAUAUGGUCGCUUUAACUUCCCAGUUGGAAACAAAUCAAAGAUGACCAGCUGUCCUGGGUGCAGAAAGCCACUUCCACGAUGUGCUCUGUGUUUGACAAACAUGGGAACUCCAGCAGGCGUCUACUGGAACAAAGGUUCUGAACAGAGAUUAGAUAAAGUUGAAAACAAGCUUACAAAAUUUUCUAGUUGGUUUACUUGGUGCCAGACAUGUCGACAUGGUGGUCAUGCAGCUCACCUCAUAGAAUGGUUCAAGGACCAUGCAGAGUGUCCCGUGACUGCCUGCAGUUGUAAGUGCAUGUCACUUGAUGCUGUAACCAAUGUAGCUAAUGUGACUGAAAAAUAUUCCUGAUUGGAUUUUUGCUGGACCAUAUAAUGAUGAGCUUGGUCCCAGAUAAUGAACAAGAUAGUUACUAUUACUCUACAAGUUUGAGUGAAUACAUGCAUGGUAGUGUUCCAGUGUGGACAACACAAAUGCUAAAAGACUGAAUAGGUUGAACUCAUCACUACAGGAAUACAAUAUUCAUGUUGUGUUCUAGAGAUGCUGUUCCAUAGAUUUCAAAUGUUAUUAUGAUUAAGCUGUAUAUUACAUAAUGUAUUUACAUAUAACUUUGUAUGAUUUAAUGUAUAAACUUUACAGUUAAGGAGCUGUUUGAAAAUCUUUAUAAGUUCUCAAAAGUAAAAACUUUGGAUAAAAAGAAAAUACAUGUAAGAGUUUAUUGUUUUUAUGUUUCACUGUAUAGAAAUUUGAUCUUUCAUAAUGUUGCCAAAGUAGUGAUUCCCCAAUUGAAUAAAGAUAUUGUAGUAACUUUGAA